UUGGGUUGCCAUAAGGCUAAAUGAAGGUAAUGAAACCAGCUGACCAUAGGGAAGAAGGAUUAAAAAUAUUGUUUUCUAAAACGCAAGUUUUUGUUCCCAAAGAUCCAUACGCUUCUGAAGUCUGUGCUUAAGAUAAUGCCUCAACUGUUGUAGGUAAAAAAUGGAAGAAAUGGGAAGCAAACCUCCCUGGAUUUCUCUGUUGGCUUUGGAAGUUGGGACACCGUUCAUAUGUUAUUGUUUAGCACUUAGCAAUAACAAUGACACUUAGACUUAUAUAUGCAUCAUAGUGCACCUUAUUCAUUGUAUUUAUGAAAAUGUAUAUUGUAACAUGGUUUUGAUAGAUUAUUUUGCAGUUCAGCAGCACUGAUUAUGGCUGAAUUUAUUUUUCUAUUACAGUUUCAGAAAAAUAAAUAUGAUCUUCAAGCAACCAAGAAUAAAUUAGUGGAAGCUGCCAAUUAUGUAGAUAAAUUCUACAGGUCAUUUAAUAUACGGAUUGCUCUGGUUGGACUUGAAAUCUGGAAUGACUACAAUAAGUGUGAUAUCUCUGCGAACCCACAUUCAACGCUUUGGUCAUUUCUUGCUUGGCGGCGCAGAUUACUAAUAAAUAAAAAGCAUGACAAUGCCCAGUUGAUUACUGGGAUGUCCUUCCAUGGUACUACUAUUGGCUUGGCCCCUCUGAUGGCCAUGUGUUCGUCUUAUCAGUCUGGAGGAGUAAAUAUGGAUCACUCUGAAAAUGCCAUUGGAGUUGCUGCCACUAUGGCCCAUGAGAUGGGCCACAACUUUGGCAUGAGUCAUGAUUCAGUUGGCUGCUGCUCUGCCAGUCCCCGAGAUGGAGGAUGUAUUAUGGCUGCUGCAACAGGGGCACCCUUCCCCAGAGUCUUCAACGAAUGCAAUAGGAAAGAGCUGGAACGAUAUUUGCAAUCUGGUGGUGGGAUGUGUCUUUACAAUAUGCCAGAUACAAGGACCUUAUAUGGAGGACAGAAGUGUGGAAAUGGGUAUCUGGAAGAAGGGGAAGAAUGUGAUUGUGGAGAAGUGGAGGAAUGUCAGAAUCCUUGUUGCAAUGCUGCUAAUUGCACUCUGAAGCAGGGCGCUGAGUGUGCGCAUGGAACUUGCUGUCACAAAUGCAAGUUGGUUUCACCUGGAACUCUUUGCCGGGAACAGGAGAGAACAUGCGACUUACCGGAAUACUGUUCGGGCAAAUCACCAUUUUGCCCUGCAAACUUCUAUCAGAUGGACGGUACCCCAUGCGAGGAUGGCAGGGCAUAUUGCUACAAUGGAAUGUGUCUGACGUACGAGCAACAAUGUUUGCAGCUCUGGGGAUCUGGAGCAAGGCCAGCCCCCGACCUUUGCUUUGAGAGAGUUAAUGCUGCCGGAGAUUCCUAUGGGAACUGUGGGAAGGAUAUCAGUGGGAACUACAGGAAGUGCGACACAAGAAAUGCUAAAUGUGGCAAGAUACAGUGCCAAAGUUCUGCUUCCAAGCCUCUGGAGUCCAAUGCUGUUGCAAUUGAUACAACUAUCAAAUUAAAUGGAAGAGUAAUUCAUUGUCGUGGGACCCACGUCUAUCGAAAUGAAGAAGAUGAAGGAGAUAUAUUAGACCCAGGACUUGUGAUGACGGGAACCAAAUGUGGUAACAAUCAUGUGUGCUUUGAGGGCCACUGUCAGAAUACCUCCUUCUUUGAUAGUGGACAUUGUGGGAAAAAGUGCAAUGGCCAUGGAGUUUGCAACAAUAAUCACAACUGCCAUUGUUUCAGUGGAUGGGCACCUCCAUUUUGUGAGAAACCUGGAAAGGGAGGAAGCCUGGACAGUGGCCCCAUGCUUGAAAAAAGUCCUAUUCCAAUCAUCAUAGGUGUCCUGGUUUCUGUCUUGCUUUUGACUUUAAUUGGAAUAGCUUUUUGCUGUUACAAAUGGAGAGCCAAACUUGUGCCAAUUAAGAAGGCUAUCUUUGCUCCCAAGAAAACCGAACAGUCCAGCAUACCUCCUCCCGUACAGAAGGAAGUGAAUGGACAUGCCAACCCAGCAUUCAAAUUGAAAACUCCACAAGGACAGAGAAAGGAUUCUUCCCGACUAAAACCACCUCAGAGAGCACUUCCAGCUAAUCCAGUCCCUUCAAGCCACAGGACGGGGUUGUCCAAAGUGAAUACAGGAGCAAUACCACCCUAUGGCACUUUAAGGAAUACAGGAAUACAGAAUGCAGUCUUGGCAGAGAAUCGAGCCACAAGAAAUCCUGGAGCUGCAAAUAUUCAGAAGUUUAGAAGCUGAAAUUUGUCCUCUGGUUCUAAAAUCUGCAUCAAUUCCAUUUGGAAUUUUCAAGAGCUUUGUUUCAUUUUGUACAAGUCUCAGGCCUUAAGUAAUUGAGGCCAAUUUCAGAGCAACCUUUGGGAAAGGUUCUCUGUUUUGUGGCAUGGACUGAUGCAAUUCUCUAGAAAAGGUCUAGAGAUAUCCCAGUACAUACCAAGGACCUUUCUCCAUUACAUUUGUUUGUUUCAAUUGGCAUGCAGAAGGAAGCGGAGGACUUAAUUACUCAUGUAAUUCAUGGUUGCAACAAUAGACAGAUUGAUUAAUCAACAUUGCAUAAUGGAAUCAACAUAUCUAUCUCUGAACACUUUCUGGAACAAAAUCUGAAGUCUUCGAAAGAAGAGAGAAAUGUGAUGCCCUAAGAUCAUCUCAUGCUGGUGAGAGAUCCUCCCAAGCUACUUUAGAUCAAAUAGAAGAGUUUCCCAAUUUGAAGAAUGUUGCUGUAUGUGCAUUUAAGAGAAGAAUUUUCUUUCCCUUUAAGGAACCUUCUUAUAUUCAAUCUCUUAUAUUCUUCUAUGGCGUCAGAUUUCAGUCCAAAGUUUUUUCAGUCCACACUUUUCAGAAUUUAGAAAUUUUAGCAACGUAAGUGCAGUGAGUCCAUAUUUUGCCUUGAACUUCCACGAUCUUCUGAGGCAUACUCAGGUCUAUUUGCCUUGGAAUUGUAACAAGUACUGGCCAGUGUGCAAGGGUGUUUUUGUGAUGGCAAAUUUUUACCUUCAACCUUCAACUGGUCUUGACGUUGUUUCUUCUCAGCUGUUAUUUGCUUCAGAUGUCUUAUGUAUCUCUGAAAUGCAACUUUGGGAAGGGAUCGCUGAGCUUUCCUCAAGCGUUACAUGAGGUAAUUUCAAUAGAAAGUGAAGAAUGGAGAGAUGCUUCUAAUAUGACACCCAUCUCUAUGCCAAAAGAAAACACGUUAAAGGAAUUUCAUAAACCUUUUAUAUGAAGAGGGAAGUGGGCUGUUUUAGAGGGACUAGAAUAGAGAAGAAAAUUACAAAAAUUAGGUUGGAUUUUAUCAUGCAUGGGGUGGGGGCAGAAUUUUUUUCUGGUUUUUUUUUUAUAGGUGAGGUAGGGUAGGUUUUUAAACGUAUUGUGCCUAUUUUAGGUAACAUUAGAGUUUAUUUAUUGUCUGGUCUUGAAACAAUAUUUUACGGUACAGUUGAAGAAGGUGCAAGAAAGAGACUUUUAAAAAUUACUUUGCUCUGAGGGAUGUAGCAAACCCUUGUCCCAAUAUCCCGUGGUGUGCUGAAGCUGGUUUGUGCUGGCUCACAAGAGCCAAUUGUUACAUUUUCUUGAAUUUUGUGAGCUAGUGGAGACCAGAACUCUGAAUUGCUGUGCCUACAGUACACACCAAUCAUCAUUUGCCCACAUAUCAGUACCCAUUUCUCACCUACCAGGAGAUGCUCAUGGAUUUUGCUGCAUGGACUUUACCUUCAUGAGGACAAAAAAAGAUGAGAGAUUAUUCAGGGUCCACACAGUGUUUUUGUCACUGCUGCCCCUCUCUGCUUAAGGUAGUUUUUUUUAAAAUGUAUUUAUCUUUCCUAUAUAGACUGGGCUUAUUCACUUCAAACAUUUGGAAAUGUCCUUAAUGUAACUAGUACUUUUUUAUACUUUCUAAAUUGGCAUUGGCAUAAAGAAUACAAUAAAUUUAUAAUAAGAACAAAGUCAUCUGAUAAAGUACCACAGUAACCUUUAUAACACCAUUAUAAUGGGGAAUUUCCUGAUUAAAAUGUAAUGCAGAGCUAUGUAUAAGUGUCCCAUUGAUCAGUGUUUAUUUAAAGGUGGUUAUCUUACUCAUCCCGCAUUCAAAGUUUUAUAGGUUCCUCAUUCCAAUUCAUCAGGGGAUACCUAAUGAUCCAGCUUAAUUAGACGUUCACCACAGUUCAUGAAGCUCAAAAUAGGUUUUUUUGAGCAGUUGAUAAAAGUCUA